CGCGCUGAGACGCAAUCCCUUUGAAGAUUUAUAACAUUCAUUGAGGUGCAGAUUAACAUGGCAGCCACCGCAGAUACCGUAAGCCUGAAGCUUGUGAUAGACAGAAAGAGCCAACGCGUGCUCUUUGCCGAAGCAGACAAGGAAUUUGUUGAUUUCCUCUUCAGCAUCUUCACUCUGCCGGUCGGAACUGUGACGAGGCUUCUGAAAGAGGACGGCAGCGGCGGAAUGGUAGGCUGCCUGCCGAGCCUCUACCGGAGCAUUGAAAAUCUGAGUUCUGAUUACAUCCAACCAAGCAUAGACAAACGAUUUCUGCUACGACCCAAAAUAAUCAUGCCCGGCGCUAAACCCCCUCUCCUAUUGCCAGACGUCGGCUCAACAUUCCGUCAAUUGUAUGGUUGUUCGUGCGGUGGUAGCGAUGGUAUCGAUGGUAACGAUGGUAGCGGGAGCACUCGCGUGGCCGACGACUAUAGAACAAUUUGCCCUAAGUGCGACUAUAAGAUGGACGGGAGCGUAACCCUCGUAGACCCGCUGGGAGAAGUCGAGGUAUCGUUCUGGGGUGAGGAAGGUUACGUGAAGGGGACGGUUACAUACAUGGUGAUGGAUGAUCUGAAGGUGAAGCCCAUGUCUACCGCCUCUGUUGUCACUCUGUUUACCCGCUUUAAUGUCAAUUUCAACGAAAUUGGUGCCAUUGAGGAGAAAAUGGUCGAAUUCGGCAUGGAUGAUGGUGUCAAAUUGCUGCGUGCUUCUUUGCAAUCGAAAACUGUUUUGACCGACGUCUUUCUUUCGGGCAGUAAAAAAUAAAUAAUCGGGUCUUUUAGUUUUGUUUAAGUUUUAAGAUCGUAAUUCAAUAAUAGGGUGGUCGAAUUAGGG